UCCUCUACAGAACAGUGUCCUGUCUACUGGCACUAAUAGAAGCCGCAACUCCCCCAUGCUGGAUAGAGCCAACCUAGGACCCGGAUCUGUUCAGAAUGGCAAGGACAGGUAAGAAAACUUGUUGUGAUGGCAUGUUUUGUUUUUGUUUAUUUCUUCUCUCACUAGCUUUAUUUUUUUUUUUUUCCUUAAAGCAAAAGGGUAAAUAAAAUAUUGAACUGCAGUUUAAUCAGAAUUUUAGAAGUAUUGUCAUGGAAGCAUUUUCUAGUGUAUGUCAUUAUGGAUGUUUAAUAAACAAUGUUUUGUAAUGCAUUAGAAGCUCACGUUGUUCAUCCUUAAUUAAACUUGUUUGGCAUCGGAGUAUGAAGUGAAAGAUAUAAAGAUGUUUAGCAUUAUUGUACUUCAUCAUUCAAGAUGAUUAGGAUCAGAUUAGCUUCCAUCUGUCUCUGCUUACUCCCAAAUCACUGAAAAAGAAGGUUCAGACUCAUAGCUGCCUUGUGUUAAUGUCACUGUUUUAGGUGGCAUAUUCCUUCCAUUUUGUCUAGUUCAUUCAUUACAGUAAGUCUGUCCUUCAUACACUUUUCUUUUUUUAGUAUGUCUCCAUGUUCUGUUUUGUGUCUCCAUUCCCACUGUCCUCCAUCCCCAUUAGCUUCUCCACGCCUGGUUCCCGUGCUUCCACUGCUUCCGCCCCAGCCACUUCUGCUCGGAUCCGUCAGCACCAGAAAUCCAUGUCAACCUCUGUGCACCCCUCAAAACCCGCUCCCUCUUUGGAGGGCAACUGUGACUCCCAAAGAUCCAGGCAAGUUUGUAAGAGGUUAAAAGGAAUAUGAGUAAUCGUGUGAAAUUUGUCCCUGUUCAUUCUACUGAUAUUUGGUUGUAGAGCAGAUCACCAGGGAACGUGUGGAGUUUGUGUUGUAUGUAUACGCUAGUUUGAUAUUGUAGUUAUCAGUAGAGGGUCACAGAUGGCUUUUGUAGUAGAUAUUCAGGAAUGUGGCAAAAAUAUUUAAAAAGCUACUAAAGUAGUAUCAGAAUCUGCUUGUCCGGACAUAAAAGAAUUUCAGUUAAAAAGUUUGGGGACCUUGCUUAGACCUGGACAUUGACAGGAUUGCUCACUAAACUCUAAAUUUGAAUGUAAUUUAAGGGAAUUUAAACAUUGAGGCAAAAAUAGCUUAUCUGGAAAAAUUAUCUCCAACUUAGUCACAACUGAUUAUUUUUGCCUCUGUUUUUCCAUUUAGAUAUAAUUUGAGAAAAUUUGGAGUUUAGUGUCUUUUCCCCUGUCAACCUUUAUACUUUGUGUGUUGUAGUGACUGUGUUCAGAGUGUGUUGGCUGUAUGUAAUGCUCUUAUGCAUGCUUGUUUGCAGUGUGUAGGGUGUGUGAAUGGGGUUGCUGAAUGCAUGUAGUAUUUGGGGGUGAUCAUAUACUGUGGAAGUCUAGUAUGUGUCCUGAAUCCUUGGCUGUCUAAUGUAGAAAUGUGAGGUCUGCAUCUCCACUGGGUGACGACCUCCUUAAAUCACUCACUCGCAGGUCCUGCACUCAGUGAGCCAGAGUGCAGGCUGGGAAUAUCAGUUGCUGCACUGUAACUAAUUUCCUGAUGUUUAGUCCACAGAUAUUGGAAUCACAUGGAAAUCUGCUUUUGAGACUUACAAUAUGUUAGUCACGUUAUUAAUAGAUAAAUUAAUGUGUGUUUGUGUGUGUGUGUGUGUGUGUGUGUGUGUGUGUGUAGCCUUACUUGACUAUACCUGUAGUGUAUAAGGAAUAAAAUCCUCAGGCUUUUCUGUAAACUUAACUUGCUCUUGAGGUGUCCACCACAAUUGAGAUUACAAUUGUUCAAUCUCUUCUGAUCUUUCUCAAGGCCAGGUUUACUUACAUAGGACGCUCUACAUAACCAUUUAUCCUUUUAUAGAUAAAUUACAUUUGUCAACUAUAAAUCCAUUUUGGGCGGUGCAGCCUAACUGCAGAGUUGUCCAGACGCAUCUCGAGAGAGCUCGGAGAGCAACGAGCAAAAUGUAACUUUUAUAUCGACUUAUACUACAAAUAUCGACCAUUCACAUCUUGCAGUCUCAAAGCACUAUUGCGAGCUCCAGCAUAUCUAAGCCUAAAGCAGCUCUGCUGGGGUUUGGCAGUUCCUGGAGGUGAACCUAUGCCUCUGCCCUUGGUUCCCUGUCAUCUGCAGAGUAAAACUGAGCAUACACUAUCCCCCCCUCCCUGUCGGUGAGGGAAAUCCUGGCAUCUAUCACUGGUGCUCUAGUGCCCAGAGGCACAUUUUAUUAACUAAGCCAAGUGAGAGUGCCUUCUCGAACAUGGCGGACACCAACUACCUACUAGACAACAGAGACCAGCAGUCUCACGUUUUGAGCACACUGAGCCAGAUACUUGCAUACUUCUGGACUAAGCUCCAUCAUUGGCAACAUACCCUUGUACCAAGACAGCCGAUACCUAAACUUCCCCCCACCCCCCUGUAACACCAGAAGCUUUUUCAGAGCACUAUCCAGGCAGGAGAGCCCAUCUCUAAGCAAUCCUCCAGGCUGCAACAAUCGUUGCUCCUGCUGAAACUGAGAAAUGAGCCAUCGCACUGUGCCUACUUGGACCUAUCAUGGGCAAGCAGAGUCUGGCAGUUCCAGCAGCUGCCACAGUGGCAAGUGCACAUCUUCCAAUAUCCCUGUCUGAGUGGAUAGUCAAAUACAGGCAUGUGUUUUUUUUUUUUGUUUUUUUUGUGGCAUCUCACUACGGAGUGUAACUAAUGCUCUACCUUAUUUUUGUAAAUAAUGUGCAGUUUAUCGUACUUAUGUUAUCUGAUGGAUAUCACAAUUUACCAAUUAAUAUCUUGUAAACGUGGUAUCUUAUGUAUAUUUUUGCACAUCAAAAAUAUAGUAUUUAUAAAAGAAAAAAAAUCCUUUGAAACUAUGACGUCUUGGCACUUGGCUAAUCCACUUGCUCCAUGGUAACAUUGAAAACUCUUGUAUGUGAAUAUCUCCCUGCUGACCACAUAAUGUGGCUAGUGCAGUCUCUAAAGUUAGUCUUAAUGUGAUAUUUAUAUGAAUCAUCUGUGAUCAAGUUAUGAUUUGAGUUUGUUUUGGUAUUUCACCAAGUAUUUAAAUACACUGUAGUCACCAAAACAACUUUUGCUUAAUGAAGCAGUUUUGAUGUAUAGAUCAUGUCCCUGCAGCUUUACUGCUCAAUUGUCUGUCAUCUGGGUGUUAAAUUACUUAAUUAUGCAGAGCAGGAGAUCACUUUUACAGCAAGUUAACAUCUGAUUGAAAAUGAAACCAUUUUGUUUUCAUGCAGGCUGUGUCAUGGACAGAAACCAAAGUGAUUUAACUCCUAAAUAGCAAUAAAUUGAGCAGUGAGACUGCCGGGGCAUGAACUAUGCACAAAAACUCAUUAUGCUAAAGUUGUUUUGUUGACUAUAGUGUGCCUUUAAUGAUCUAAUUGAAUUAAUCGGCAAAAUAGUAAGCAUGGGGAUGCGUGCUUAGGAUGUAGAUAUUUGUAUUGGCAUUACUGGCAGUGGCUAGAUUACGUUUAUUCAAGCUUUAAGUAAAAUAAGCACUUUUGAGUUAUUUGUGCUUUAAGCAAUUGUUUUCAUAAGUGAAAUAGACCAUCCAGUUUGCUUAACCCCUUAAGGACACAUGACAUGUGUGACGUGUCGUGAUUCCCUUUUAUUCCAGAAGUUUGGUCCUUAAGGGGUUAAAGCAAAACUGGCAUCUAUUUCUUUAUUUUUUUACAAAAUUAGAUAAAAUAAACUAGAUGACUUUCCUCAGAAAUACAUGCUCUCAAACCCCUCCCCCCAAAAAAUCUGUAUAUUUGUACAUGAUGGGUGUUAAUGGUAAGAUCCACCAGCGCAGGUGAUAACAGGGAUAUUCUUGGUUUGCAGAGACUUACUUUGCACAUAAUUCCAGUGAUGUCAGUGCUUGGCAUCUAGCUUAUAUGAUUUGCAAGACAAUUCUAAUUCUGAAAACAUUAUAUUAAAAUGUCCUUUAAUAAAAGAAUAUAGUGGAAUUUCAAUUGUAUGCUGACAAAUAUUAUCGGUCUGUUUCCCUUCGUGAAAGCAUACAUUUGAAUAGGGUAUUGGAUAACCGGAAUAGCAUGUUGUUAAUUAUUUCCCCAACCUUCAUCGUCAGCGCUGUGUCAUCCAGUUCCUGGUUGAGGUCCAAUAAAAUGCUUCUUAUAGAGGAGCAUUGAUGGACCUGUGGCACAUGCACGGCGAGUGCUGCUAAUGCACCAAAUGGCGCACGCGGGAGGGAGGGAUGCCCAAAGAGUGGACAAAAGGAGGCAAAGUAGAAAGGAAGGGAUACAUGUAAUUUAAUUUUUGGAGUGAGACAGGGCUGGCAUAAGGAGGCGAAUUUAGUGGGGACGUUAGAAAAGCUAAUUACUCCUGAAGCCAGAGCUUAAAGGUAAUUUUUGCACUUAAUUAAAAUUAAGUAGCAUGGAACAGUUCUGGGCUGCCUAAUUCGCAUGUGCAGGGGGUGUAACAAACCUCUGGCACUAAAUUGCAGAUAUUCGUGUAUGUGCCGCGUUUAAAGCAGAAACACUGCACAUAUAGAUUCCUUUCUCUGUGACCACAUCUAAAAGCAGUGGCCAUGGAGGAUGGAGUGCCUCUGUAAAAGAGGGUUUCUGUUAAUGCCGAUUCACAUAUUCAUACCCCUUUUAAAUGUUAACUUUCGAUUACAGCAAAAACGAUAGACGCAGAGUGUUGCAUAUUUUGUUUCUUUCACAAUUUAAAAGUAGAUAAGCACACUGUUAUAAUGGCUGUUUCCUUUUAACAUUAUAGUACUUUUUUUUUUUUAUCCUUUAUUUUUCUGUGCAGAGGUGGUUACAGGCAUGUGUCAAGUGCCACAAAAGCACUCAUAAAUUGAGCAUCAGGUUCAUCACAGUGACAUUGCAAAGAAGUGCACAUUUUUGUUUAUUAGUUGGAAUAAGCUAGGAAUAACAGUAGCAUUAAUAAAGUUAGUAACCUUUGCCAUAUAAAAUUAGAACAUUGGGAGAGUAACUUUCUCAUGGCACAUAGCUGUAGCGCAAUGGGAGUGUGGCUGUGGCAGGGGCACUUGUUGUCGGUAUGAGCAUAGGUAGCCUAGAGUUUGGGCCUGGAGCGUGAUGUUCUGCUGUGUAUGGACUUGCGCUGGGGUCGUGCUAUGCUGGUGGAAGCUGUGCUGUGUUGCGUGGUAGGUGGUCUUUGCUUGGUGUGAGGUCGUAGCGAUUGUGCUGUAGAGCCGGUUCUUGUAUGAUAGUGAUGUGGUACGCUGGUGGCCCAUGUGGUCUGUCCACCUGGUACCGAGUUAUAGUGGGUGGUUUAGUGCCCCCGUCUGCUGCUGUCUAAGUGACCCCUAUUACCCCGGCGGGGGGGGGGGAGAGAGAGCUAUAUGUGAGUGGCUAUAGGGUGCCCUUGGCCGCAAGUGCUAGUGUGGGUGCUCCAUAACAAGAAGCCGCAAUAAAACUUUAACAAUAAUAUGGUUUAACUGGUUUAUAAGUUCAAUGGGUGCAGCAAGUGGUGUUGCUGAGGUAUGGUGGUUGGUAACAGUGGUGUAUCCUGGUUUUGUGCUGCCCUAGGCAGGACAAAACUCAAGCGUCCCCCCCCACCCCGCUUUCUAAAUACACACACAUUCACUGACAGAUACACAUACACACACUAACAGACACACACACACACUCACAGGCAAACACACUCACACUAACAGACACACACUCACUAACACACAGUCAGACACAAACAUACACACUAACAGACAAACACAGUCAGACACACUAGCAGACACACACUCACACACGAGCAGACACACACGCGCAGACGCACUCACACACGAGCAGACUCACACGCACUCACAUUAACACAUUUUUAUUUUAUAUCUAUUAUUAUUUAUUUCUAGUUCUACUUUUACUGAUAAAACAUAUAUAGUUAACCCCUUUUGGUAACGUGUUUACCUGAGCUUUCCUCUAGAGAGUGAAGCUCAUAGAGAACAGAGACACAAGCUGAUUAAGUAAACAUUUAAUCUGACAAAAAGGAUUCACAGUGCUGAGUACAAAAUACAGAAAUAAAUGACAUACAGAAAACAAAUUGCAAAACAGUACAUAAAAUAAAAUAGGAGAAAACACAAGAAAUUCCUUACAUAUAUUUACCCCAUAUAGAAUUCUUGUGGGAGUCUUAGAUGGUAUAGGUCUCCUAGAAGUUACUGACAAAAGAAAAAUGAAUAACUGAACUCCCUGGAUAGUCCAACACCCUCAUAUAUCUAAACUAGUUGUUUCUCAGUGGGCAGACCCCUGGGGGGGGAUCAGAGGGGGUUGCUCUGGCAGUCUAUUGCCCACUCUAUGAAAUUCCCUGUGUCCAGCUCUGGUGAUGGCUAUCUAGAUGUUUUAUGGUCUAGGCCUGGUGCAAGAUCAAAGACCACAAUAAAUGUCAUCCCAAGGUUUACAAAAAAAACAACUCUUAACAUAUAUAAACACACAUCAAACACCAACUCAUGCUUUUGGCAUGACAGAUACGGUGAGUGGUUUCGUGUGGUCUGCAUUACCGCCCUCUUGUCCCCGUGGUUUUGAAAACGAACCAGAAGGUCCCGUGGGGCCGUUGUUGGGGCCUUAGCUGCUCGUGGCAAGCGAAACAUGUUUUCUAUGGGCGCUUGGAAGGUAAUAGCGUCUGUAUUAGUCUCCGCAUUGUGUGAGGGAGCUCAGUCUACGGUAUCUCCUCUCCGAUGCCUCGGAUUUUAAUGUUCCGGCUGCGACUCCGAUCCUCUAGUGUUGCAAUGCGCUGCUCGUAGGUAAGGUGCUGUAGUUUGAGUUCUUGGACCGUUUGCUGCAGGAGCUGUGUUUGUUGCUUGGUGCACAGUGAGUCUGCCUCCAGGUCCUUGCGUAGUUGGGCCAUGUCGGCCUGUAUUGUUAGUUGGAGCUCCGAUAGGAGGUCUUUCAUGACCGUGAGUAGUCUGGUCUCGGGGGUGACUGGCGGGGUGGUAUCCCUGUAUGUGGAUUCUCCAUCUCCGCCUCUGUGGUGAAGUCGUCGGAUACAUCCGAGCCGUAGUUGUAGGCGGUAAUGUUUGGGCCUUGGGCGCUGAGCGCUUGCUUCCACAUGUCGCCUAUACUUUGAUGUUGCUGCGGGUUGUCGGGCUUUGGCUUUUUAGUUUUGCGUCCCAUAUCGUUAAUGGCAGUCCGCGGGUCAGUUUAGUGCCGCUUUUGUUGAUAGGUUCUUGUUAGUGGGCCCAAAGUGCUUGUUCGCUGCGGAGCUCGCUUGGCGUGCGGCCAUUCAGGUUGGUUGCUUGGCUCCGCCCCCUUAAAUACUCUUUUAUUUUAGAUUGGGGAAGGGGUACAUGAUGUAACAUCAUACAUUAUAUAGUAACUAGUAGCUCCAGGCAUUGCAUACGUGAGUCACAAGCACAAUGUGCACAUGUAUAGGUUAUUUGGUCGUAUGAUGACAGUACACUGAACAUUACAUCAAAGGUCCAAGUAUAUCAUGUUUACAGUUAUGAAGCCUUGCCCAAUCUCCAUUAUAUCAUGUUUACAGUUAUGAAGCCUUGCCCAAUCUCCAUGUGCCCCAGAGCUGCCACGUCUCUAGAACUAAUUUUGUAUAAGGAAAGAUAGAGGUGAAGCAAUGCUUAUAUCUACAUUGCCUGUAUACAUCUGUUAGCAACAUCGUAGUAGAUUUCCAGGUUUUUGCUAUGUGCUGCUGGGCUGUCAAGAUAAUAUGCAGUAUUAAUUUCCGUUUAAAUUUGGGUAUAUUAGGAAAAUUUUGGUUCGCAGUCACGUCCACUGUAAGGGAGUGAAUUGUCUCCCAACAUUGUCUAAGGGCUAUAAAGCUCCACCAUAUGUGGGUCAUGUUUUUUAGCACUGUUGCAUCGUCAACAGAGCGGAGAAGUGAGAGGGAACAUUUUAUAUAGCCUUGAUGGGACUGGAUAGCAUGUAUAGAGUACUUUCUGGUGUUGCGGAGCGUGUGUUGCGGAGCGUAUCAGACCCAACGGCCCAUUACACACAUUAUCCCAUUGUUUCGGAGAAGUGGAGCAUUGAAGCUCUGAUUCCUGUUGCUUUGCAUACUUUGGCUCUGGGAAAGUCAGAUGUGCUGAAAGCAAUCUCUAGCACAUGGAAAUCGUGUAGCCCCUUCUUUGAGCCAAGGUGCAGCAUGGAAUGUGGAAAUACAAUAAGUGAGGGUCUGGCAUUGCCAGAGAGAGGUUGGACGCACAUAGUUUUGACCUAUACUUAUCUCACGCCCAUAGAAACAGUUGUAUCUGAGAGGGAAUAUCUUUUAUAUUAGCUCAAUGGUGUUUGGGGAGCCACAUGAGGUCAGUAAAAUUGUAUGGUUUUAGAGAGGCUUGCUCUAAUUUAACCCAUUGGGGGCAUGUCUUCGUAGUGAAGUGUGGCAUGUUGGUAGCUUAUAUAGUGGCCCAGUAAUACAUUUGUACAUUAGGGACUGCCAGUCCACCAACUUUUGUCGGUGUUUGCAUGUGUCUAGAAUGUACUCUGGGUCGCCCGCCCGCCCGUCCACACAAAUUUGUUGAGAUCCGUUUUGUAUGGAUUUGAAGUAACAGUUUGGCAAAUCAAGGGUGAGUGUGCGAAAAAGAUACUGUAUUCUAGGGAGUAUCAACAGUUUGAAGGCUCUUAUACGUUCUGUCCAGGACAAAAAUAAAGGAGACCAUUUUUGUAACAAUUGUCGACAAACUGUCCAUACUGUGACAUAAUUGGCUGGGAGCAUAUCUGCUGGGUUUUUCUUAACUGUGAUACCAAGGUAUUUAUUUAAAAAAAAAUUUAAAAAAAUUGUAUCUGUUCUCCAGUCAAAGGCAUAUUGUGUACAAAACAAAAUUAGCAAAGUGGCUGAGAGCCCUUAAGCAGGGCCUGGGUUUUGCUAGUGUUAAGUGCAUAGUAAUAAACCGUACCAUAGUAUAUAGUACUUAUUUUAAUGUGUUGUCUUAUAUAAAAAUAGAAAACCAUUUUAAUUAUAUUGUGACAUCUUUUUAUAUUUAGUUUUUGUUUGUUUUUGUUUUUUUGUUGAUUUUUGUAUAUAUAUAAUGCAACUAUUUUUUUUUUUUUUAAUUGGGCCACCUUGAACAACCUUUCAGUCAAUAAGUAGCUUUGAUAACUAUUAUUCUUCACUGUAUCCAAGCACCCUUUUAUGACUGCUUUUCUGUUUUUUAUUUUUUUUUUAACACUGUAUUACACCCAGUAAAGGGCAAUACCAGAAAGCAAAAACCAUGCACUACUGGGAUUUAUUUUUUUAAUAAAAAAAAAAAAAAGAUGUCUACACUUUAAAAUUGAGAAAAUUGUUUUGCCUUCUGAUAAUGUAAAAUGGAAUCACCUUAUUUACCUUCUGGCUCUUUACAGCACGGCUCCACAGCGACUUCCAGUGGCAUCCCCUUCAGCUCACAAUAUUAGUAGUGCUGCCCCAGAGAGGGCCAACUUUUCCCGUGGUGUCACCAGCCGCAGCACUUUUCAUGCAGGUCAAAUUCGCCAAGCUCGGGACCAGCAAAAUCUGCAAUUUGGAGGUGUCACGCCAGCAUCUCCUUCAGGAAACAGCCAAGGACGACGGGGAGCAACAGGAAGCAUCUUCAGCAAGUUCACUUCAAAGUUUGUGCGCAGGUGAGAAUUAAUAUAUGUGAGCUCUAACAUAUUAGGGGAGUGGAGGAAGUUACUAUUGGCCUGAUCUCAUGUGUGGAUUUGUUUUUGUGAGAAAAUACGUUUUCUGUUAUCCCACACUAUGGCUUGGCAACUUAUAGAGUAAAUGAUUGCUUUUACAAGGUACUUUGGCAGGUCAUAGAAAAAAGUACUUAUCUAAAGAGUGUGUUUUCUUAUUGGAAAAAAAAAAGAGGAAGCAGAUUUACUGUAACACAGUGCAGACAUUUUUGCUAGGAAGUGAUUAGAAAAGUAUAUAUGCAAUAUUUAGACAUAAUAUUUUUUUUGUCCUGUCCCCUCACUUAACUUUUUUUUUUUCUGUUUUCCUCCCACACUCUGUCUAGAAAUCUGUCUUUCAGAUUUCCAAGAAGGUAGGCAUGGAUUCCCUCAAUCCUUCUCCCCUCCUGCUCAUACAUUUUUUUUUUUUUCUUUUACUUUAUGUCCACUAACCACCCUUUCAUUUGUCCCACUCAGUCUUUUUUUGGGUCAGUGUGCGUGUUUGUGGCUUAAUACAGAGAACUGUGGCAGAUUCAGGGUAUUAAAGAUGCACAUGUUAAAUCCUGCUAUUCACAUGAUAUCAAAAGUGCCAUAUAUUUCUUGCGGAGGGUACUGAACUGCCUCAUGUCUCUGACUGUCUUUUCCAAGGUGUAACCGUUACUUUCCAGAUCUUUCUAACUGUACUAUGGCACUUUACUCUCUGUGUUCUUAUUGCUAAAGAUUUGAUAGAUCUUAAUUUCUUUAUUUGGUUAUUUCUUCCCUUUGAACACUGCAGUUACUUGGUUAUUCCCUUAUUCAUAAUAAAUCCUAUUGCGUUUCCUGCUAGAGGUGAUCAUCAAUCAGAAAUGCAAACCCUUUUCUCUGAUGAGCUUAAGUUUAAUAUAUAAAUAAGCCUCUGUGGCUUUUUAUGAACUGUAAUAGAUCUGUUAUCAUCAGUAGCCUUCAAACUAACUUACUAUCUAGUAAAUAUUAUCCACAAAACAGUGCCAUCCUGUUUACCAGGCUUACGUGGUAAAUAAAAUCUUGCACACAGUGGCAUUUAUUUAUAAUGCACACAGCAUUUCCCCUGUUAGAGAAUAAUUCAGAAGCAUUAGUUGCUGGAAACACACCUUCUGCAGUGUUCUAAGGCCUUUUCACUUCUGGUGCUUGGCACUCUUUGCCAGCUUUAUCAGAGACAGGUGUGUCUCGUGUUUUGUUUUAUUAUUUUUCUUUAAUCUAUUUCCUCCACACUUUGCCAUACAAAAUUCUAUCUUCUCGCUGUCCCAUCCCAUCCCAAAACUCCCUGCUGUCUGCAUCUGGACACGUGCGGAAUCGCUCUGAGUGUGUGAAUAGAGGAGUCAUCUGCUCAUGCACGGCCACCUUCAUUCUGCAUCGGAGAGACUGAUAGAGGGCUUUAUCAGCUACUACAGCAUGUACCAACCAUUAACCUUCCAGAUGGGCUAUAGAACAACUGACUGUAAAACAGGACAGUAUAGGGGUAGUGAUACCUGCCAUUCGUUAGAAGGAAUCCUAAAAGUAACAAUGCUUGUUUAAAUGUAUGAAAAGGCAGAGUAUAGCAUUUUAAAUUUAAUUGUGUUUGGAGAAAUAAAUGAAAAAAUAUAAAAGGUAUUUUAUGGGGCUUAGACCACCACCUGGGAUGUUAGAUGAACCUAUGUUUGUUUGUGUGAGAGAAUUAAUUCAGUAGUGAGGAUAUAAGCUAUUUGUCAGUGCAGACAACAGAUAUAGGGUUUUAUGUGUUUGCUGAACAUUGGGUAUCUCAGUAUCAUUGUAAAGGCGAUCAUAAGAAUUUUGUCUGAUUUGUUUAGAAUUAGUUAUCAUAGUUACUAGGGCCCUCUUCAAUCAAAAUGAUGAUCAGUGCUACCACAAAUUAAGUUACCACCAUGGCCACUUCUGUGAUUUAAAGUGGUUAUGGAGUCAGGAGUCUAUAUGUAUAGUUUUUUGGCUUGAAAAACACUACACAUACUGAUAUUUGCAAUUUGUGCUGGAGACUAGUUGCACCCAAAGCACACGUGAUGUUGGCAAACCAGAACUCUGUUCUAAUGUCAAUUCUGUGCAUAAAUUACAUUUGUUAGCAUGCACUGCAGGUUGACAAAAGUCAAAUCUUCCACUUGCAGGCAGAGGCCAGCAAGGGGAAGCUAGCCCUCACCUUCCACCCUCCCUCCUUAUUGCUCAUUUGUUGUUUUAUUUUUUUGUUUGUUUAAACCCUUAUUCCCUCCUCUCCGCCUCCCUCCCGUCUCAUGUUUGGAGUGCGCACAUGUGCUAAGGGCCCUCGAAAAGGUCCAGUCACAGUUACCCAGCGCUGGAUUUCAGGUAAGUAAAACUUUUUUUUUUUUUUUUCAGGUUUUGCAUUCUCCACAUUGGCCAAUAGGGCAUAUUACACUUGAAAGAUCCCUCCUCUCAAAAAGGUUCCAGUAAUCCUUUAAAGUGACACCCCACUACCCAAAUAAAAAUCACUAUUUAGUAUAUACCCCUGUGAAAAAUUGCAUGCAUUUAAUUAUGCAAUUUUUUCUUUGGGGCUUGAUCUAAAAACAGCUUGUAAAAAAAUAAAUGUAUCUUGUCUGAAGUCUUUGCAACCUCCGCCACUUUCCCCCAAUCCAGCCCAGAUUUUCAAUGACUUGUCUAAUCACAGACUUCCCAAUACAGCUCAAAGUCUGCAGAAUAUAUAGGACAAUGUACCAUGGCGUCAAAACGCACCUGACCCCGAACACUCAUGAGGGUUCUAGAACCCUGGCUAAUCCAACCCACGGUCAGGGGCGAUUCGGAAAGGUGGAGGGGUCUGGCACUUACAGAAUGAAGAAGAACAGAAGAAAUGCACUCAGUAGUCGGAGAGAAAGUCAGGGAGGGAUGCAGGAGGAGGCGGCGGAAGAGAGCCUGACAGGGGAGUAGCUCUGCUCCAGAGUCCUGUGUGGGUCCAGCAUGCCACAGCCACCAUGGAGCACCGAAGAGCACCUUGAUAAAGAUACACGACUAGCUAUGACAGGCUUUGAGGAAGAACAAAGACUUAGAUGUGUUCCUAAAGGUCAAUUAUUUUGAUCUUUGCUUCUACUAAAAACAAAUACAAUUCUUGCAGCACCCUUUUCUACAACCAUGAUUUCACUGAUCAUUUCUUGGAAAUGGCUUUGACUAGCCCUUGAACAUUGUUAGAAGCUCAGCGCUGAUUGGAAGGGUUGGUUUUUUUUGUUUUGUUUUGUUUUUUUUAUUUUUUUUAUUUAAGCUGUGCAUGAAUGGUUAUCCUUGUGAGUUGCUGAAAUCAUGAAAAUGAUGAUGUCUUGAAGCAGUUGGCUUUAAAAAUAAAUCCAAAACAUAUUAUGUACAAUAAUAUGAAGAGGGAAAAAGGGGGACAAACAUCUUUGCAGAGAAUGCCAGGUAAAUCAGCUAUUUACAUCCACAUCUAUGGGACAGUUUUCUCUUCAGGUCAGUGGAAGCCGCUUGCAUUGUUUACAAACAUUCUGAAAUGCCGUAUUGACAACUUACAUAUAGGAAGUCACUGGGUUCUAAAUUAUCAGCUGUACCUCCUUAACCAGGUCCAAGGAGUGAAAACUUAUUUUGGAAGUUAUUUUUGAAGCAUUACAUAUCAGAGUUGUCCUGAUGAGCAGCUCCAGCCUAAUUUUUGUUCCUCUUUAGCCAAUCUUGAUUUGUUUGAGGGGAAAAUCUGAGAACUGCCCAUGUUACAAGCUUUUAACCAUUCUGUCUCUUACACACCAAAGUGUUUGUGUUUUGUUCAGUAAUAAUUUUUAGUUAGUCAUAUCUCAUAUUGGCCAAACUUUCUGAAUAACGUGCCAAAACAAAUCCUUAUUGAAUUCAAUAUGGCCUCAUCUGCAUCAGUUGAACUAAUUUGCAGAAACAGAGGACAUCCUUGGAAAUAAAAUAAAUUGCAAAAGAGCUGGAAAAUAUUAAAAUGAAAAUGGUGAGCCCAAACCCAUUUCACUGAGCAGAGGUAAGAUGAUUACAUGUACAAUUCUGCUUACAAUGUAAAGGAACACUCAAUGAUGGUGCUGACACCAGUUUUAAAUGUUUUGUAUAGAUACUGCAUUAAAAAAAGAAUAUACUGUAAAGAAACAUUUGAAUAGUACAGUGGCAAAGCAUUAUAAAUUAAAAAACACCAAAUGAUCCUACAUGAGUGUAGACAGAUGGGUCCUUUUCCCACUAGACAUACAAUGCAUCACCAUCCCUGGGUUCUGCAUACAGCACAUGAAUCCUAAACCCAAUCAAAUGGAUUAAAAUGUCAUUGUGCGCCCCACCUACACUGCAUAUUAUGUCUAAAUAUAAUUUUGUUUUUGAAUAAGGGGAGAUUUUUAAUCAGUUUUAUCAAGUAUUGCAUUCAAGUCCUGUGUGAAGGACCUGUCACUGGUGAUAGAGUUUUAUAUAAAGCUAAAUAUUUUUUCUUGGGUAAAAUAAUGGUAAUUUAGUUACAGAAUAUGAUCAUAUAUUUUGUAGGCCUGUCACUGGUCAAAAGAUACACUUUUGUUUCAUUAAGGCACAUGAAUUCUUUAAACACCUGCUUAAAAGUUAUGUAUGUAGUCCAACAUUUCGGAAGCAGCUUCAUUCAUACAUAGACCCUGAAAGGUAUGAGAGACAGUUAGAAAUGUGGAAACAUCUAUGAUCUGCUCUUGGCAUGUAGGCAAACACCAUACAAGGACUAUUAUAGCCAAGAUGAAGCUGUAACUUAUUGGAGCAUAGGAUUUUAAGAUUAGAAAUCUAUUUUUCUUCCAAGAAAAGUCCCAGAGCUGUCGGCCUAUCAGUGCGGUUGCACAAUUUGUACCGUUAAUGCAAGUGUAUUUUCUGCAAUAAUGUUUGGAUUUGUGUGUGUUUCUGACUGUGUCCAUAGGCACACACUUUUACUGGAAUGCAUUUCACAAAGUGAAAUGCAAACCUGCAUGAUUUAACUAGUAUAUUGCAGAAUCAAAUAUGUUUAGCCCAUGCAAUAAAUAACUUCUAGCAAUCUAGCACAUUAUUUCAUAAAACUCUAGUAGUGAUUUGAUAAAAGAUUAGGUUGACAUUAAUUUCUAGACACUGGUCUCUAGGGACGGACCAUUAAAUACAUUAAAAACUGUUCAAGACACCUCUUUACUGCAAGAUGACAAAAAUACAGAUAUGGGGUUCUGUGAGUGCAGGAAAGGCUGUCACAAUUGUUUAAUAAAGUGAACCUUAACAACAGAGAUAUAAAGGGUAUUGACGCAUGCACAUAUGUUGCAGUGACCGAGCUAUCUUUAACCAUACAGUUUUUAAUGCAUGAUUAACUACAAGCUGCAACUAUAAGGAUCAGCCAGGAUUUAAAUAGAACUCUAACAGCACACUGAAUUUCAGUUUGUGACUAAACCACCAAACAUUUAACUUUUCGUUUACUGAUCAAAAUUCACCCAUUUUGAUCAGUUAACUCAAUAUUGUAAUAAAAGUGUAGACUUUUCUUACUGAAGAGGUGAAACGUUGUGAAGGGACUAGUUUAGUAAGUUUUAUUUGCCAAGAUACUUGGAAGAUAAAACUAACAACUAGCACUCUGUUGUUUUUUUUGGUAAGCAUCGGCUGAAAUCAAUCCAUAUAACAUAAGAUCUAGUAGCAAGCUUUAAAAGAACCACAAAUGCUUGUAAUUAUUUUAAAGGAAAAAGUACACUUAACAGACAGUUUAGUGCACCUUUCUUCAACGAACAUCUACAAGCAUAGCCAACACAUUUAUGUCAGAGGGAGAGUACUGCUCAACACUUCCUCUUGCUACUAACCAUUGAUAAGUGGAAAUUUAGCUUUUGAGGAUUGCCAUGGACAACCACCCUUUUUUUCUAUUCUCCCUCCCACCUUAAUUAGUGUGGCAGUGCCUGGUUGGAAUUCCUUUUUUUCUGCUUCUUACUGUACAUACUGGCUUUUUGGAACCUUUUUGGGGGCCUCUAUCAUAAUGUGGAUUUCUUGUCCAAAUAUACAAAUUGUGUUUAUUGUACAAGACUGUUUUGUCUGAAUGAUGUGUAGACAAAGCUGAGCUUUCUGCUCUUGAAAGAGUUUGGUUGACUGUUUGAUAAAUAUUGAAAAGCCAACCAUUGCUCUGCAGAGUUUAGAGUUCACACACUGAAUUGUUUUACCUCUCUCUUUUGAGGAACCCAAAUGACCCAGAAGGGAAAGAACGAGUGGAGAGCACCAGGUGAGAGAGCCCUGUCUCAUUAACUUUUUUUUUUUUUUUUUGUCCUUUUAAUACCAGUUAUUGAUUUUUAUUUUUUUUUUUACCAUCUUCUUUUUGACACUCCCCAUCUCUCAUUUUGUGCUACUUCUUUUUGUCUUCUUUUCCUAUGCUUUUUAUUUCAUACAUUUUAUUUUUCAUUUAAUGCCUUCCUGUCACCUUUCUACCACUGGGCUCUUUCUAAUUCUCCUUCUGGAUUAAUUUAUCAUGUUAACCUGCUCAUUCCAGUUGUACAUUUUGGUCUUUCUCCCCUAUCUCUUGUGAACUGUUACUGCUGCAGAGCAACACACAUCUGCUGUGUGUGUUGGGAGCUUUAUUCACUGACCUGGGAACAGGAGAACAUUGGCAAGGGGAUUGCAGAUGUCCAGUAAACCAAAUUCAGUGAAUUAAAAACAAAAUUGCAACAAAAAAAAACUUUAUCAAAUCGGCUCUUUUAGUCCAACGUUUGCUAUUUUGAUUUCAAUUUGCUGCGAUUUGAAGUUUAAUGAAUAAUCCUGUCUAAUGCAAAACUACCUGAAUAGAACAGCACUUUAAUCUAAGCUGUUUAAUUCACAUAUAAGAGAUAGUUGAAGAAAAGAAAAAUAAACUCCAUAGUGCAAUGAUGGCGAACCUAUGGCACGCGUGCCACAGGUGGCACACCGGCCCUCUCUGUGGGCACGCGGCCAUAGGUUCGGCAUCACUGCAGAGUAGGCACCUGCCUGCCCGAAACGGCAGGCGCCUACACUGCUUCCUUGUUGGCAGGACUCGGAAGCAGGGGGCAGGCAUCUAGGAAACAGCUCUUCUGUCCUCCCGCGAGCUGUGUGAAGUGUUGCCAUGCGUUACCAUGGCAACGCUCCACACAGCAUCGCGCGGGAGGACAGGAGAGCUGCAGGCUCCUGUCCUACAUACUUACCACCACCAGGGAUGGCUGUGUUCCCCCCCUCCCCUCCACGGUAAGAUGAAGGGGGGGAGGAAAUACUGAUUCAAUAUGCUUUAUUUAUUUAUUUUUUUUAAACGUUUUUAAUGUAUCUUAAACCCCCCCAACAGAGCACCCCUACCCCCCCCAACAGAGCACCCCUACCCCCGCCCCCCAACAGAACUCUCUGUUUUGUCUUUUAAAACAAAAGAAGUUAACUAGUUCAGACAACUGUAUGAGUUGUUUUUUCUGAACUUAAAUCUCAGUAUUCAGGUUUAUUUGCUGUGUUGGCACUUUGAGGAAAAAAAAGUUGACAUGUAUUGCGGUUUGGGCACUCGGGCUCAAAAAGGUUCGCCAUCACUGCCAUAGUGCCUAAUCAUUAUUCAAAAUAUUUAUCAGAUAGACAACUUGUUGCAUUUGUGUAAUACCUAGAACAGAAGGUUUGAUUUAUAGCUGAAGACUCAAACUGGUUUGUUGGCACUUGACAAAUUGCAAAUGUUGCUUAUGGUAGUUUGGAAGUGAAUGGACAGUUCACUAUUUAUUUUUUAUAAAUGAAAGAAAAUUAGAGGUACAUUAUUAUUGUUGGCAUUGCACAAAUUUACCUUACAGAAUACAAUUAAUUUGAAUGCUACGUAUAAAAUACCUUUUGUAAUGCUUGUUAUUUGCUGUAAUAAUUCUGAUAAAAUGUGACCGUGUCUUGCCUUAACUCUGUAAACCAUUUUUUCUGAGUAAUAAGGGACACUGCAUGCUGGAAGCAACCCCCAGUUUUUAAUUCAUUAUUGAGAUUUAUGCCACCAUCACAUGCAGGUCCCUAAAGAACUUGUAUGUAGCAGCAGAGAAAGAGUAAGGUCCUGAGCAGGUUACCAGUUUGCCUCUCCACCCUCCCCUUCCACCCUUUUUAUUCUUCAUUUAGGGAUGGUCAUGUCAGUCGCCCCGUCUAACCCCUGGGCCCUAGGGGUUGUCUUAUGAUUAAUUCUGCUCUGUUUGCAUGGACUGUAUUGUUUAUUUAGCAUUUGUUGUGAUAUACAGCUCUGUUAAAUAUGAUAUUCCAUAGCCAUAUUUCAUUUUGAUGUAGGGUCUUUAAAGGGUAUUAUUUGGCAGUCAGUCAGUCAUUGGUCCUUAAGAGAUUAAAGUCCAUGCUGCUUCAGAUCUACAGACAAACAUAAGCAGAGAGCCCAUCGCAGACCAGUCUCCAUAAGUAUGGAGUCACCCAUUCUGUUGCAUGGGCUUUGACUUUGUCCCAAAAAUCCUGUCAAACAUUUUUUUUUAAUUUUAUUUUCUUGUGAAUGGGGCUGUACACUAAAUUCACCAGAGCAGCCACCCACCCAUGCAUGUUUACUACUGCAUCUCUCACAUAGCUGGGAAGGGAAGGUAGGGACUUGAACAAAUGUCCGCACACCACAUUCACAUACUGUACAGAUGAUUGAGGUCAAAAAAGGGCUGGGCAUUAAGCUACAACAGCCAACUGUAUAAGAAACAAGGGCAGGGUCCUUUAGGCACCAUAGCUUAUGCAAUUAGCUUUACAAAUGAAUUAUGAAAAUGCAGCAGACAAACAUUUUUGUAAAGAUCUUUUUGGUGCUGCAUGUGUAUGACUAAUGCUCUGCCUGUCACUUCAAGAAAGGAAACAAACCGCACCGUAAUCACUACAGUGUGCUGUAGUGGUUAUGGUGCCAUGUGAGACCUGACAUCCCUGACAAUGUAAGUAGUUUGACAGCUUACCAUGGGUUCACUGGGUACUAGUCACAUCCAUGAGUGCCAGAAGAUCAUCCAUAAAAAGUAGAUAACACAAUGUAUAGACUAAACGGCUAGAAAUAAAUAUACAUGUAGUUUAAUCUGUACUUGUUAAAGGGACAUGAUAGUUUCAAAAACAACUUUAGCUGAAUAAAUCGGUUUUGGUGUAUAGAUCAUGUCUUUUUGGUGUAUAGAUUAUGUCUCUAAUGUUUCACUGCUCAAAUCAAUGCAAUUGAGUAGUUAAAUCACUUUUGUUUCUGUUUAUGCAGCUCCAGCCACACCUUCCCGUGGCUGUGACUGACACAGCCUGCAUGAAAACAAAAUGGUUUCAUUUUCAAUCACAUGUAACAUACUUAAAAAGUUUUAUCUCCUCCUCUGUAAAGUGAACUUUAAUCACAUACAGAAGGCUCCUGCAGGGUCUACCAAGCUAUUAACAGAGCAGGAGAUAAGAAAUGUUAAAUUAAACAGGAUUUGCAAUAAAGUAUAAACAUUAGAUGACUCUUUACAGGAAGUAUUUAGGAAGGCUGUGUAAGUCACAUGCAUGGAGGUGUGAUUAGGGCUGCAUUAACAAAGUGAUUUAACUCCUCAAUGGCAGAUAAUUGAAUAGUGAGAUUGCAGAUGCAUGAUCUGUACACCAAAACCGCUUCAUUAAAGGACCACUAUAGUGCCAGGAAAACAAACAGGUUUUCCUGGCACUAGAGGGUCAUUGGAUCCCCUCUCCCGCUGGGCUAAAUGGGUUAAAAUCGGUGCCAGCUGUCAGUGAGACAGCCACUAGAGGCUUGAUUAACCCUCAGUGAAACAUAGUUUCUCUGAAACUGCGAUGUUUUCAGCUGCAGGGUUAAAACUAGAGGGAACUGGCACCCAGACCAUUUCAUUAAACUGAAGUGGUCUUGGUGCCUAUAGUGGUCCUUUAAACUUAAGUUGUAUUGGUGACUAUAGUGUCAAUUUAGGUAUUCUGCCAACCAAAACUGAGCUUUCUUUACUAUUUAACAUAUACAGUUCUGUCUACUUUGUAAGCAGGGACAAGAUUGUUUAUUAGAACAUAAAAUAAAUAUCAUCCUCAUUCUCUGAUGAAUUUCGCUUUUUCAUAUCACUUUUUUGAGUAUAUGUUCUAGGAAUGAACCAUAAAAUAUUUCCCACAGAAUGAAUUUAGAAUCUUACUUCUCAGUAAAUGUAGCCGUUAUGAAUACUGUUACAUUUACACACGGUAUAUAUUUAUUUUUUCAAAGCAAGCAUAAUAAAAUUAUUGAUGUUGUUUGUGCAUCAUCUUGAAGAUACUGAGUGAUUUUGAAUGGCAUUAAAGAGCUAUUUUUGUGCUUAGGUUGCAGAAAAAUAUUUGACCGUAUGUUUGUACACACAGGCCUCAGCUCACAGUACUAGACAAGGAGAAAGAGGACUUGCGGGACUCCAAGCCACGCUCGCUACGCUUCACCUGGAGCAUGAAAACCACCAGCUCCAUGGAGCCCAAUGAGAUGAUGAGUGAAAUUCGCAAGGUGCUGGAUGCCAACAACUGUCAGCACGAAUCACAAGAGAAGUACAUGCUGCUUUGUGUUCAUGGUUCACCAGGCCACGACAGCUUUGUGCAAUGGGAGAUGGAGGUGUGCAAGCUUCCACGCCUAUCACUCAACGGCGUACGCUUCAAGCGUAUAUCUGGCACUUCUAUGGCAUUCAAGAACAUUGCCUCAAAAAUUGCAAAUGAGCUCAAGCUUUAACGAGGAUUCUUCUUUUUGAGCGACAGUGACAGACUUGCAAAUUAAACUUUUACAGCCACCCCUAACGGUUGCCCAAAAGGAAGAUAUGGAGAACACCUUUAUUUCUCCCAUCUGCCCCGUUCUGGAAGGGGCAGGUCAGGAAAUGAGGACGAGACCGGCUGGGCGGACAGAAAUAACUGCUUUUCCUUUCAUUGUAGGUUUUGAGGGUAUUUUAUUUGGAAUAGAUUUAUAAUUAUUUUCUUUUUUUUUUUCUUUUUUUUUUUUUAAAUGGGUUUGGGACUCAGAUUAUGUAAGAUAAAUGGGCAGGGGUGAAAGGACACCUUAAGUUGGUAAACCCUCCUGAAAAUGUUAUACAUGUCAGCUAAUGCUGCUGUUAUCCCUGGUACAGAUUAGGAAUCAGAGGAUAAAUGACAUUAUGGACAUGAGGUAGGGUAAUCCCUGCAUUCCAUGCUCUAGAACACAAACAAGUUUCAUGUCCCAUUGUACAGAAAGAGUUUAAAAUCAUGUCUUAGACACUGAAAUAAUAGCUCAGGGUGCCCAAAAUAUACAGGUACAGACAGACGCACACACAGUAUGUAGGAAGUUUGUGCGGUGACUGAAUUUGUAUGGAGGAAACCUGGUGGGCAACUGAUUUAUAAAUAAAUAUAAAUACAGGUUUAUUUUUUUUUUAUUAUUAUUUAUUUAUUCCCAUGGUAAAUGUCGAAGUGGUAGCUGUAUCUGCAAGGCUUCAGCUGACCGUUAAGAAGUCUAGUAGUUUGUACUUGAUCACCCACUCACAGGUACACAAGUCGAUUCCAGUCACACUCUCAGAUAAGCACACACACUGGAAGUCUUAUUCAUGCCUUCUUGACUAGCUACACAAAAAUAUUUUUUUUCCACUUUCCUUAGAAAUUUCUUGUGUGAAAAAGUAAUGUUUAUUGGGUAAUAAGGUAAACAUGUUCAUUUGGAGACUAAGUGUGUGCCUCUUAUUAGAAGAAAAGUCUCCAAUGAACAAUUUCAAAUAACACAUUUUCCUGCAGGACGUUGACAUGGAAACAGCCCAGUGUCCUGCAAUUUUAACGCAGUGUAAAACACCACUUUUUUUUUUUUUUUUAGAGGAAUGAUAUCAGCCAUGAAAUAAAGCCCAUAGUUAAGGCAGGUCUCUAGAAAAGCAAAAUGAAAAUGUGAAGUCAAACAGCAUAAAUUAUGAGAUACAGCUUAAUCACAGGGACAUUUGCAGUUAGCCAGUAUGCAGAGAACAGCAUUAUCCAGCAUACAGGAAUCUUAUCAACCCCUUUCCUGCAGGAGGAGCUAUAUCUGAUGUAUAUAUCUAUCUGAAAUUAAUAUGUGCUUGAUUCCGACCUGCAAAAGAGGGGUAGCACAGUUACUGUUGCCUCACUCACUGAUCGAUUACUGGCGUUAAUGGAUUUUUCCGGGUUUUUUUGUUUUGUUUUGUUUUAUUUCAUUAAUUUUUUUCUGUUUGUGUGGAUGAUUUCAUUGCUGUUUAGAAAAUGAAAGAAAAAGUUGAUAAUGACUUAUUUUUAAUAUUGAAACAUAACUGCUUCCACAAAGUGCCAUGUGGUAGUUUUUUGUUGUUUUUUUGCCACCCCUCACCCCAUUUCUUUUCUGUGCCCAUUGCUGACUCUUAGAAGAAUAAUGUAUGCAUUUAAAAAAAAUGAAGGUUAAAUAUAGUUCACAAAAGAAUUGAUGCCAAUAAUUGAAGGGAAAAAAAUUAAUGACUGAGGAAACUUUACAGCAGAGUCAAAAAAGCAGGUUAAAUCCUUUUUUUUUAUUAGCCUGACCAGCUUGUAACACCACCAUAUUUGGUUCAGUCAUAUCCCUAAUGCAGAUCAUCUCCCCACAGCAACAGGGCAAUGGUAACUAAUCAGUAACUGAAAUAUUAUUCUUGGUUUGCCUCUAUCAAAUGAAAUAAUGCACGUGUUGUGGCAGGUGGGGGGAUCCUACAUUUAGGGGACUUACCACAUAUCCUGUGCUAUAUAAAGUGCACCCACUAUGAAGAGCCUGGUGCCUUCUGACAUGGUUAUUCAUUCAAGUGGGAAUUAAGAGGACAUUUCAAGUUAUAGCUUACAUAACUGAGCAGUAGUUCAGCUAUUUUGGCUUUAAUUCUGAAAUUCACUUUGAAUUCUUACCUGUACACGAUUCAUAAUAAUAUAGGAUAAUCCUGUGUAUAUAUUCUUGGGUGAGAAUGGAAUAUACUUUCUACAUGUUGACUUUUCAUUGCUUGACCAGGCUUCUGUGAAAAACCCAGCUGCAUGGGAGCUAGCUAGCCUCAGCAUGUGACUUUGCAAGGUUAAGAAGCCAUUGCAAUUAUGUCAUCAAGAGGUGUGCAACAGUCUAUUAAUAGUCUGUGUACACCUUGCUGCUCUAUGGCCCAGGGAAAGGGCAGUCCCAGGCAGCAGGCAAGAAGGGAGACUCAAUAUACAGGGAGUGAUGAGUGGAUGUGUGUUUGAGAAGAUCCAUGUUUGCAAGUAUCCGAGUGAGUGGGCAAUAUUUGUGUAUAUCAAAGUAUGUUUGUAGGAGGACUAAAGCUGCCUAAACUCCUUUUUAGUAAUUUUUAUUUGUAAAUAAAGGCAUAAAUACCUUCAGAGUGUUCAUGGAGCUCUUCUCUGGUGGGGAAACAAACUAUUUGUUGUUACAUAUGGUGACUUAAAAUCUAUGACUCUAAAGAAGUAGAUUGGACAUUGACAGUGUAUUAUUUAUUAAAACAUCACACUGGAAUUAUAUAGCCAAGAAGAAAUGUCAUGUGGUUACUGUAGUGGUAGCCGCAGUUCCCAC